GAUAGCAUCACUCAAUCUACGCGACAAAAAGAAUCGCCCUCUUGCUUACCAACUCUACACCUAUAAAACAAAUAUCUCCCCAUAUCAUCUUAUCGUUUACCAUCACGUCAUUUUACAUACAAUCGCAAACCCAAACUCAAAACCCACACUUAGAUACUUCUUUCAACAACCGUGACAAUAACGUCUCCAACGAAUCCAUCGCCACUUCGCUGCUGUACAAACAUGGCAGACUCUCCCAUGUCCGACAGCGAGCAGUCCUGGCUCACACUAUCAAUCACACACCGAAAAGUUACUUACGAACUCUCAUUCCCCGAAGAUGCGACGAUUACAGACCUUUUCAACGAGAUUGAAGCGAGUCUCGAUAUUCCCGUCGCAAACCAAAAGAUCAUCGCCCCAAAGACUCCUCUCCUCAAAGCGCCCUUCAAGAACCCCGAUAUGCCCCUCCUCGACCUCAAGGGCAAGCAUCUGACCCUCAUGGGCUCUGGCGCUGCGGAGAUUCAGCAGGUGCAGGAUAUGGCCGAGCGCGUUGCGAAGCGCAAUGCUGCGAGGAUGGCGCAGAGGAGUAAAGCACGUCAUGCGACGACGACGCGCCGAAAUCCACAAGACUCGCAAUAUACAUUUCUUCAAGUCCGACCACUCCAAGGCCUGCCGAACCCAGACCGCAGCCAGAAACUUCUUCUGCGACUGAAGGAAGACCCUGGUAUUCGCGCUGCCAUGACGAAACACAAAUUCGCUGUUGGUCUCCUUACAGAGAUGGAACCUCUUUCGCAUACGCAAACAACACAUGAGGGAACAAGUCGCAUUCUGGGAUUGAAUCGCAAUCAAGGCGAGGUCAUCGAACUACGAUUACGAACAGAUGCGCACGAUGGAUAUCGCGAUUACAAAACCAUUCGCAAGACAUUGUGCCACGAACUGGCGCAUAAUGUUCAUGGUCCGCAUGACAGGAACUUCUGGGACUUGUGUCAUCAGAUCGAGAGAGAAGUUGACGCUGCGGAUUGGAAAUCAGGCGGACAUACGAUUGGCGAAACAUCGCGAUAUACUGUUUCUGGACGUGAUGAGGAAGAGGAGGAUUAUCCUGAGGACUUUGGUGGUUGGACUGGUGGUGAAUUUGUGUUGGGAGGAGUUAAGAACAAUUCUACUGCUGGGAUGAGUAGACGAGAGGUACUCGCCCAAGCAGCGCUUGAAAGGCAGAGAAAGGAGGUUGAUUCCGAGCGGAAGGUUUUGGAGGAGCAAAGACAACGAACACCACCAGGUGAUGAAUCCAAGUAACUAAAUGACAUUUCGGACAGCGAGGCGUAGGAAUACCCAUAGAAGGCAUGGCACAGCAUAGCAUAAGCAGGCGUUAGCAUUACAAUCUGAUA